AUGGCGGACCCACCCGCGGGAGGGCCCGAACCCCCUCCCACAAACACCCAGGAAAGCAUCACCAGUUUCUCAGUUGAGGAUUUCCAGCCUCGAAUAUCGACCGACGCAGCCCAGAUCAUAGGGAAAAGAACGAGAAAUGGCGAAGCAUACACACCCGCUGAAGGCAUAGGCCGAAUCACCACCAGAGAAGUGUGGAAGCUCAUCGACAGUCUCAAGGAUAUUAUCCACCAAGUGAAACACGACCAGAAUGUUCUCCAGGAACAGAACGAAAAGCUCUAUGAGGAAGUGCGAGCUCUGCGAAUGAACGGAACUGCGUCCGAAUCAGUCGUCGGCAUUGGGACCACUAAGACAGGCUAUGUGAUACAAUUCAAGGACACAGAGUCAGCCGAAGCGGCACGCUAUAACACUGAAUGGCUUAACGAAUUAGGAAAUAAUACAAAGCUGGUGAAACCGCGAUUUGGAGUCGUCGUGCACCGUACCCCGACCGAAGAUUUCGACUUAGAAAAUGCUAACUCUGACGCUAUUAAGAAAAUUAUGGAAGAAAACGAUCUUAUAGGACAGGGCUACCGGAUUAAAGAGGUAGCCUGGCGUAAGAGAAAGGAUAAGGUGCUAGGGAAGUUUGCAUCGCUCGGAAUAUGGUUAGACUCCGCGGAAGGAGCCGAAUUUAUCCUCAGUAACGGCCUUCUGCGUGGUCGUGCAAAGAAACACCGCGCUGUGGCCAUUGUGCGGGCUAACAUAAGCGCUAACGAUGCCUACCGGGAGUGCGAGCCCGGUGCCUCGACUGCAAUGUUAAAUAUAAUGAAAUCGGGCCCGAGGAUGGAGGCCCUCGUUAACGACCACCAAAGCCAGAACCUGGAUGUACUCCUAAUCCAGGAACCGUCGGUCACUACCUAUCGAACCUAUGUUAACCACAGCGUAUGGCGCCUUUACCGGCUAACCGUCGAGGCAGAUACGGUCAGAUUCCGUAGCCUAAUCUAUAUGAACCGGAACCUAUCUACCUCCUCGCACCGUCAGGUCCUAUGCGACCACCCCGACAUCACCGCUAUAAAGAUCUGGACAGCUGAAUCCCAGAUACUUAUUUUCUCUGUUUAUAUCGCACCCGUCCUACUAUUCGUUCUAGGUGGGGCAUCUGCAGAGCCAGCGCUCACCGUAAUUCAGAAUAUAAUAUCAAACACUACCCGGGACGAUCGACGACCUACCGGCAUCAUCCUCGCGGGAGACUUUAACCGUCACUAUCCGACCUGGGGCGACAACCAUAUCCCACCACGGUUCAUUGAAGACGUAACCGAGUUAGUCAACUUCUUUUAG